CCACGAAAUGGCGGCACUAAUCAGAACGUCGGUAGACUUAGGACGAUGAGGAAGUGUAUAGUUGUCUUUUAGCCAUGUUCUGUCGUUUGUAAUAGUGCUGUGUAAAAAUGAAGUUUGUGGAUGCGAGACUCAAUCUGUCGUUUCAUGUGCGACGGUGAGUCAAAGAAAUUGGCAUGUGUUCGCUCAACAGAACAUUGUAUGCUCGUGCAGCAAUCGUAUAAGAAAACUACGAUGGAUUUUUGUACGCGUCGGAGUCUGACACCCGCUGGCCUAAUGGAGCCGCGUACUCUUGCUAUCCCGUUGGCUUUGUUGACAUUCGUCAUAUUAGCAGCUAAUGCAAGUGGAUUGUAUUUUACUAUUGAACCACAAGAUGUAGUAGUUGAACAGGGAAAUCCUGCUAGAUUGGAUUGUGAAGCAAAUAGUAGUUUUGGGAAACCCAAUAUACAGUGGAGAACUGAUGAUGGACAACCAAUCAAUUUUAUUGGAGAUAGUUAUAGAUCUCAAUUAAGUAAUGGAUCUUUAUAUAUAAAUAGUGUUUAUGGCACUAGUUUGGAAUUGACUGGAAGCUAUCAAUGUUUAGCUUCUGUAGAUGAUAUUGGAGCUAUUGUUUCUCGAAUUGCCACAAUUAAAAUUGCUAGUUUACCAGGAUUUGAAAAAGAACCUCAAGAUACUAUGGUUUAUCCAGGACAAAUUGCAUAUUUAAGUUGUACACUUCUUACAACUUCUAGUUCAUUGAUUAUACAAUGGUUAAAAGAUGAACAUCCAUUAAUAAUAUCCACGGAUAGUCGGAUGACAAUUUUGCCAUCAGGUGCAUUAGAAAUUGAUAAUGUUAAAAUGAAAGAUGUUGGAUCAUAUAGAUGCAAUGCUAGUAGUUAUGGACAAUAUAGACUUAGUAAUAAAGCUCAAUUAGGAUUGUUAACAAGUGAUAUUGAUCAAGAAAGUACUCCACCAGUUUUUAUUGCUAAACCAUUACAACAAGUAAUUACUGAAGGAUCAACAAUUACACUUGAGUGUGCUGCUAAUGGUUACCCAAAACCAAGUAUACUUUGGUUAAAAGAUGGUGUUGCUAUUGAUCUAACAUCUUUUAAAUCUAGAUAUAGUAGAAUUGCUGCAUCUAGUCUUGUGAUUAGCAAUGUUGAAGAAAUAGAUAAUGGUUCUUAUCAAUGUCGCGCAGAAAAUGAAGUUGAAAUAUUAGAUGCAACUGCUGAUUUAAUUGUACAAGUUCCACCAAGAUUUAUUAAAAAACCAGAAGAUAAAAUAGCUAGCGAGAAUCAAGAUUUAGAAUUUGAAUGCGAAAUUUAUGGUAAGCCUCAACCAAAAAUUACAUGGCUCAAAAAUGGAGAACGUAUUACCUUGAGUGCAUAUUGGCAAAUUGUUAAUGGUUAUAAUCUUAGAAUUAAUGGUCUAUUACCAAUAGAUGCUGGAAUUUUUCAAUGUAUCGGAACAAAUUCCGCUGGAACUGUUCAAGCUGCAGCGCGUUUAACAAUUAAUCAACCUAAAAAGGCAAUUUCCCAUAAAUCAACUACUCCAAAGACAGUUCCUAAAAAGAAAUUAUUAUUGCAUCGGCAAUUGUAUAAUAAAACGUGGCAGCAUCCGAGUACUCUUUUAGGUCACACAAUGUCUGCAUUUACACCCAAUCCACCACUUUCCAUUAGUCCCUCUGAUGACCCUGCAGAUCUUCCUGGAUCUGUUAGAUUUCCUAAUUCCCAUUACGAUCCAAAAUCCCCUUUUAUAGAUGACACAGACAGUUUGGAAUCGAUAGAAGGAAGUGUUCCAUCAGCACCAAGGAAUUUAAGUCUCGUCAUUGUCACUGCUAGAUUCGUAACUUUAAGAUGGCAAGAACCUGAAAAUACAAAUGGAGAGAUUCUAAAUUAUUACAUUUAUUAUAAACAAGAAGGUGCUCAAAGAGAAAGAGUUAUUAAUACACAACAAAAAUUAGAGGCAGUAAUACGAGGUUUACAACCAAGUAUGACAUAUCACUUUCGAGUGGUUGCUUUGAAUGAAAGAGGUUCUGGAAUAUCUAGUGAAGUAUUACAAGUUACUACACUUACUGAGGCCAAUGUUCCUGGAGCCCCAUUGAAUUUAGAAGGAUAUGCCACAAGUAGUGUGAGCAUUGCAUUAUCUUGGGAAGAACCACAAGUUACUAAUGGCAAAAUUUCUAAAUAUAUAAUUACAUUUGUAGAGGGUGACAAUGAGGAAAUAACGCGUGAAACUACUAGCACAAUGCACGAUUUAAUAGAUCUCGUGCCUUAUACAGAAUACAGUAUUAAAGUUCAAGCUGUAAACGAGAAUGGUCCUGGUGUGUUUAGUAGAGAUAUUGUAGUUCGAACUUAUAGUGCACAACCUACUCAACCACCACACAAUGUCACUGUAGAACCAGUUAGUCCUACAAGUAUCAUGAUAAGAUGGGAACCGCCACUCGAAGGACAAAAUGGGAUUAUUACUGGUUAUAAAAUUCGUUAUCGCCGUCAUGAUCGAGCAUCACCACCAGUAAAUAUAGCAACUGAAGGAAAUCAACGUUCACGAGUGCUCACAGGACUUGAGAAACAUGUUGUUUAUCAAAUUCGUAUAUGUGCCUUAAAUGUAAAUGGAACUGGACCUUGGACAGAAUGGAUACAAAUAGAAACAUAUGAAACUGAAUCUGAUGAAAAUCGUGUACCAAAUACACCCAGCAAUUUAAGAACAAAAGUAAUGUCGGAUUAUAUACAAGUUUUUUGGAAUCCACCAAAAGACCAGAGCAUUAAAGUGAAAGGAUAUAAACUUGGAUGGGGAAAAGGAGUUCCAGAUGUUGAAGUACGUCUUCUUGAUGGAAAAGAACGAUCUUUCACUAUAGAUCAAUUAGAACCAAUCACUGAAUAUGUUAUAUCCUUAAGAGCAACAAAUGAUGCUGGUGAUGGUCAGCCAGCAUAUGCGAACGUGAGAACUACAGAACGCUCUGUAUCUGAAUUUUCUGCACCUUUAUUGCCGCCUGUUGGUCUUAAAGCUUCUGUUCUUUCUGAUACUACUGUUGUAUUAUACUGGACUGAUACAACUUUGCCAAAAACUCAGUUUGUAACGGAUAAUCGAUAUUACGUAGUGCGUUAUACAUCGCAUCAUCAUAGCAGCAAUCCUCGUUAUAAAUAUCAUAAUGCCACUGAUCUUAACUGCAUGAUAAAUGAUUUAAAACCUAAUACAUUAUAUGAAUUUACAGUCAAACUUGUGAAGGGAAAACGAGAAUCAUUAUGGAGUAUGGUUGUUUCGAAUCAAACUCAAGAAGCUGCACCUAGUUCUGCUCCUAGGAAUCUAACAAUUCAAAGUAUCGAAGAUCGUCCAACUUCAGUUUUAUUGCGUUGGCAACCUCCUAAACAACCAAAUGGACCAAUUACAGGAUAUAUUAUUUUUUAUUCAACUGAUAAUACAAAAUGGGAUCGUGAUUGGUUAAUAGAAGGCGUAAUUGGAGAUAAAACUGAAUUUAUUGUAAAAGGACUACAACCAAGUAUGACUUAUUACUUUAAAAUUCAAGCACGCAAUUCAAAAGGAUAUGGUCCUUUUUCUACAACUUAUCCAUUUAAAACUCCUCAGAGCAGUGGUAUGGAUGUCUAUGAUGAAUUGCAUGACCGAGAUGGACGAGGACUUUCAAAUAUAUUAAUUUAUAUUAUUGUGGGUUGCUCUAUUGUUCUUGUCACUGGUAUAGCAGUGGUAGUUGUUGUUAUAUGUUGCAAACGCAGUCCUGAUACACCUGAUAGAAAAAAAGGAUAUAUGAAAGAUACCAAUCAAAAAACAAACAUUAAACCGCCUGAUUUGUGGAUUCAUCAUGAUCAAAUGGAACUCAAAGCGCUUGAAAAAUCUUCAAUCAAUGGAGAAGCAUCUACUAGUGGUGUAGCUAGUAAUACUUUACCUAGAUCAAACAAUCAAGAAUAUAAUCAAGAGAAUGUGCAUGGAAAUUCUAGUUCAUUGGAUAAACGUACUUAUGUGCCAAGUUACAUGGGUAAUACUGAUGAGAAGUGUUCGACCCUGAGUAGACAACAUAGUCGAGGAAGCCACAAACCUAAACUCAUUACACUUCCCGUUGACAGUGCAUCUUUACAUCAACCUAUAGCGACGGCCACACCGAUCGUAAAUACAAGUAUGUCACAACCAACGAUUCACACGUCGUGUAACGAUACACCAUCUGCAAGGCAAAAUUAUCCUCGAACUGUGGCACAGUAUAGUUUAAGUCGAGCACAUAUUACCUUAGAACCAACACCAGAAUCGAGUCCAGAUUCUUGCAAUAUUUCAACUUCAUACGAACCAAUGCAAAAUCAACAAUUACCAUAUGGUACAAGCAGUCAAUCAUAUAGUGGAAAUACUCAAUAUGCUUCGGGACACUAUAGCAAUAGUAAUCAACCAUCAAGUACAAGCAGUGGAACUGAUGGAGCUAGUGGUAGUAAAAGAAUGCAGGGACAUCCUUUAAAAAGUUUUAGCGUACCAGCACCUCCACCUCAAUCUGCCCCUUCGACACCAGCCCAACAAAAACAUGGUGUUUCUCAAGUUACUGUAAGACCUACAAUGUCCGGAAGUCCGUAUAAGAAGCCACAAAGUUCUGCACAAUUAGCAAAGAAUAGAUUGGCUUCAGUUUCAAAUCCGGUGCAUACUUCAGAAGAAGUUGAACGAUUGAAGCCUUCUUAUAGUACAGAAGAAUUAAAUCAAGAGAUGGCUAAUUUAGAAGGUCUUAUGAAAGAUCUAAAUGCCAUAACAGCAUCUGAAUUUGAGUGCUAGAAGAGGUUCCUAAACCUUGUGCCAUCUCAAUUCAAUAGACUGCAAUGAUACAUUCUCAAUGUUAGUACCUGAGAAAUAGAUGUAAUAUGUGUUACACGUCGAAACUUUUCGCGGAGUUUAUAUACACAAUUGGCAAUGGAUGAUCAAUGGCCGAUGAACGGUCUCAGUUAUAGAUUUUUCGAAUCCCAGUGAUAUGGACUAGAAUGAAUUUUCUUCCUAGUCAAUUUACUUUUUCCUCUGGUACUAACGUUGCUUUUUAUAAUAAAAUGCAAAGUAUACUUGCCAAUGUUUUUUGACACUGCCAUCUUCUUGUAACGGACUUGUAUUUUGCAAGAACGUGAGUAAUAUGGUUUGAAAGUGUUGACAAAAAGAUUGAACAUUUCAUUAUGGAUUUUUAACAGUGUAAUUUUGUGCAUACAGUGUGUGCAAUUUAAUUCAAUCGAGAUAAAAGGAAAUCGAUAAGUUCGCUUAUUAUCGAUAAUCCUUUUUAUAUUAUAUUAUAUUAUAUUAUAUUAAAUUAUUAAUUCAAUGAAUUCACGGUGAAGAAAAACGAUUUUAGCGUUUUUCAAUUCUUAUACGUAUAAAAAUGAUUGGUAAUAUCGUAAUUACCAUUUAUGUGCUUCAUACAAGAAUAAUUAUCUUGCCUAGAAAGAAAAAGAAAUAAUUCGUACUACAUUCAAAAACUCACGCGUUCUUUGCCAUGAUUUUGUAACUUAUACUCAUCAGAGUACAUUUUAUAUAACAAUAAUAUCGACUGCCAUACUUACGCUUAAGAUGGCUAGAUCACGUGAGUCUCUUAAUCUAAUUAAUUUAUAAGUUCAUUACAGAAGAUAGGAAUAUUUUUUUAUGCCUUCUUUAUACCAUCAAAAUGUUUUUUCAUAAUAUUUUAUUAAUUUUCAAUAAUUGGUUAUUGGUUUAAAUAAUCAAAUUAGUUAAAUAUUAAUGAAUUAAAAUAAUAAAUUAAGAAAUUUUUUCAAUUUCAAAUUAUUUGUAAUUAUAUUAAAUGUUAUAAUUUAACAAAUUUUUUAUUUAUAUUUAUAUCAGGCCUGAAAUUCUCAUAUAUUUAUACAAAAAUUUUAAUUUCAAAAAUUUUUUGAACACUGUAUAAUGGCCUUAAAAUAUCUUUGUAUUAAGUUGCCCUGUACUCAGUGGCUUUGGCAGCUUGUAAAAGAAGUCUGUUCUUACUUAUGAAAAGUCGUACGCGUAUACCUUUAAAGUAACAAUGUAGUAUUACGAUCUCAUUGAGAAAUUAUUUUAGAAUUACAAAUGAACAUCGAGUAUGGGUAUUAUAUUAAGACAUAUAGCAUAUGAGAAUUAAUAAUAUAAUUAUUCGCAUUUUGCUGCGAGGAUCGUAUAUAUAUCGAUAUACGAUAGAAUUCAGUGAAAUAUCGAUAAUAUCGAUAGUGUCCAUGUAUUUACAAUUUUGAUAGUUUGUUUAACUAAAACAAGCAUUAUGUUUUAAUAUUCAACUAAGAUACAUAUGUCGGUCUAAUUAAUAGAAUUAAAUUAAAUUUGAGAGUCGUUUUGCAAACUAUUUUUUAUUCAACAUUUACAAAUUGUUAUUUGUAAGUAUUGUACGUUAUUUUAUUUGAAUAUAUUUGAACACAGCUAUGACGAUUUGCAAUUUACGUAUAAGUACUUUCCUAGAAACUGCCGAAUCGAAUUUCUCUAUGGAAAUGAAUUGAAGUAAUUAUGACGGACAGAUUUCAUAUAAAAUAUUAAUCUACAAUUUUUGACCAUAUCCGUCGAAAUAUAUAGAUAUAUCUCCUUCCAAUACUAGGAAUUUGCUACGUAAAUUUUAUACACAUUUUAUUGCUAUAUACAAGUCUCUGUAGUAUUAAUAAAUGAGAGACUUUAAAAAUGCAGGAAAAAUAACGAUUCUAACUUGAAAUAAAAAGGAAUGCGAUCAGGUAAUUUCGCAUGUAGUAUUUCAUAUUGUAUCAUCUUUAUAAACACUUUUGUAUUUUCUUAACGUUGAAUAUAAUUGUACAAAAGUCCAAAAUACACGUCAAAAAACAAUGCACCAAGGAUUCCCGUUGCGGUAAAGCCUAAUAUGAAAAUAGUACAAAGCAAUGUGUGAUACUCUUUGUGAUGCAAUGUCAGUCGGGAAUUAUGCAAAAAAUUAUCGACUCGUCCAGAGUAUUGCAUAUUACUCUAAUAUUUGCUGUUAGACGGGAAUUAUACCAUUCAUCUUGAGCAACGCGAAGCGAACAAGUUCUUUUAUCGUCGGAUUAGCUCUGAUUAGAAAGUUAAUAAAUUAGUAUUAAGAUAUACAUAUUCUAUCAUGCACAAUUUCAAUUCAUUUUUCGAUACAUUUUUCUUAUAUAUGAAAUAUUACGAACAAAGUGGCUGUAUGCUUAACUGAACAAGAAUUAUUCUAAGUAUCUUUCUUAUUUAUUAUUAAAUCAGACAUAUUUUAUGAAAAUAUUUUAUAAUUAGUAAAAUUAUUAUAUGAAAUUAUGAGACUAUGUGAGCUAUACCGAUAAAAAAAGAACAGCUUGUAUAUUAUAAAUAUAUAUAUAAAUAUUAUAUAUAAAUAUAAAAUUUGUAACUAUUGCGUGAGUUAAGGGGUGAUUUAGCUCUUUGUAAUUAAAAAAAGAAAUAGGUCUACAAAAAGGCCUAUAAAAAUAUUUUACCACAAAAGUAUAGUAGAUAUAUAUAAAAUAUAUAUUUAUCUAUGUAAAAUUAUUUAUUGAUUUUUACAUAUACUGGGAAUAUUGAAGAUAAAUGAAUAUUGCAAAAUGCUAGAGGCUGGUUGCUUUUAAUCAUUUCCAUUAAUACAUUAUUGUGAUCAUCGUCAUCUUUCAUUUUUCUCAAUAACAUUUAUUUUUUUUUUUUAACACAUUAGUUUUGUCUUUGAUCAGUGUAUUAUGGAUUUGUUAAGAUUAGCAUCAAAAUUUGAUGAUAAUCUAUAUCAUAAAAAGCUACAGGCCACUGAUGUAUAUAAACAUAGAACAACUGCCACUUUAUAAAAUAAUUAAGUAUUUAUAUAUAUAUAUAUAUAUGUAUGUAUGUAUGUAUGUAUAUAUAUGUGUAUAAUAUAUAUAUAUACAUAUAUGUAUGUAUAUACAUAUAUAUGUAUACAUCAUAUAUGUAUGUAUACACAUACAUAUAUGUGUAUAGCCAUUAUAAAAUAUAAUUAUUAUAUUUGUACAAUACGUAUAAGACAGCCAUCUCUAAUGAAACAUUCAUAACGAGUGUGUGAUAAUAUUUGUAAAACUUGAUAUCCAAUAAAUAAUCUUAUGUUCUUUACAAA